GAGUUUUAGAUUAGAUCAAUACUGCCUGGCUUUCAAGACAUCCUCUGCACUUUCAAUGCAGUACAUGGACACAAGGUAAAUGAAAACAAAAACCCUCUUCUAAGCCUCAUUUUCCCAUUCAAGCCACUUGUUUUACAGACCCCAAGGAUGAUUGUUGCCCAUCAGCUUCAAGUCCAAGCAGAUUUCGAUUUUUUCAUUGGAUCAGAAACGAUGUCAACUACAACCGAAUCGUGUUUCGACAACCCGGGUGGAGGAAACAGAGACAAAACUCUAGCAGAUAAGAAUAUGAAGAAGCUGAGAUCAAUCAAGCUCUCAAGAAUUCCAUCAACAAGAAAGGCUAGAUCAUCUUCAUCGAGCCAGUAUCGAGCUAAGUUAUCCGGAUAUGCAGCAGGCUCGGAACAAUCUACUCCGAUAGUGAUGUCCGAUACAUCGCCGAAUCGUAAAAAUGCUGCAAACUCAGAGAAUAUCCAGGUAUUACCGGAAACAUUGACGACGGAAUCUGGUUUUAAGCUUCAUAGAAGUGUAUCAAGAAAGUCCAGCAUGAGAUUCAGAAGGCCUCAGAUGAAGAAAUCUUUUGGAGGAACCGAGUUGAAGAAGAGAGUGAAGAAGUCAUCUUGGAGAGAGGUAAAUUCUCUAGAUGAUCAAAGUUCAUCAACUCCUUACUUGAAGGAAACUAGUUCUUCUGAUAUGAAGGAGCAGUUACAGGUGAGUUCAUGCUCCUCCGGAUCUAGUUUCGAUAUCAGUGAUCAAGAUAAGAACAUUUCUGAAAAGAGAAACCAGUUAGUUUAUCCUUGUAAUAGAUCCGUUAGGGCUGUAAGAACAUCUACCUUGGGACCUAUGAAAGAUCUUAACUAA